UUUUGCAACACUAACCUCAACAAAUAUACUAACGACAACAACAAAUCAUGGUGCUAAAGUAUGUGACCCUGUUCAUUCACAGCAAUCAUCAACAGAAUUUUUACAACAACAACCACCACGACAGAGCGAUUUAAAUACAACCGAUCGUCAAUUAGAGAGUGUUGCAGCAACAUUUCAAUUCACAUCCCCGACAGCAACUUUUAAGCGUAGAAAGCAACAGCAGCAACAACAACAACAACUCCACCCGCAACAUCAGCAAGUUGAACAUGAAUUGCACAGCAACAAUACUAAUAACUGUUUUAGCAAUCAAAUAGCAAAUCCCACAGCAACAACAACUCCAGCAACAGAAGUAACGGUAAUUAAUAAUUCACUAAUAAAAGCGGAGCAACGCCAAACGCAAUCGAAAUCGAAAUCACCUAAUCGUGCAACGAGCUUUGAGAGUGGCAAUGUGCAACAACUGCAACAACAACAUGCCCCAACGGUGGCACUGAACACCUCGACGAUUAUGCUCAAUGGUGGUGCAAGUGCGUUAACAACAACUACAAAAGCAGCGACACAAGCAACAAUUGCUGAUGAUAAUUUGGCAUUCGGUGGCAAAAUCAGUGCAUUUGAUCACACAGCGAGCGCACGCACACCACGUAAUCGCACCUUGCCACGCAUUGCAACAACCACAACAACACCACGGGCAGCCUAUGCGGCUGACAGUCUCGAUCUAGUGGGCAGCCAUACUCGUACAAACUCCGGCCAAGCGUCACGUCAAGCGGCUGCAGUAACAACAAACUCACCUCUGAACGGCCACAACAAACGACAAAGUGUCACAGCCAAGGUGAAACAAGCUCAACAACAAUACCAACAAAAAGAGGCGUUGCCAAGAAGAAUGACCGCAGGUGCUGCUGCUGGUGGCAGUGCAUCGGGUAGUGGUAGCGGCAGUGGUAAUAGCAGUAAUCACAGCAGCAACAACAACAGCAACGCGCUACACAAAGAAAACAGCAUACUCAUGGAAAGCUUGGGUGCUCAUCUGGAGCUGGUGGGUUGGCGCAAGAAAUGCCUGUACGGGCUGUUGGUCCUACUAAUGCUGCUCAUCAUCACAAAUCUGGUGUUGACAUUGUGGAUAUUGAAAGUGAUGGAAUUCACAACGGAUGGCAUGGGUCAAUUGAAGAUAGUGCCAGGCGGCAUACAACUCACCGGUCAAGCGCUUAUAAUGGAUAUGCUGCGUGCAUCGACAAUACGCUCGAGGCAUGGACAGCCGAUAGCGAUAGAAUCAUCACGUAAUUUUUCAAUCAAUACACGUGACGCGAAUGGCAUGCUGGAGAAUCAUUUAUUCCUUGGGCAUGAUAAGCUCGAAUGUUUGGCGAAGGAACUUCACAUCAAUGACACCAACGGGCGGAAUUUAUUUUCUGUAAAUCAAAAUGAAGUCACAAUCGGUGCCCACGCGUUGCGUAUUGACGGUGAAGGUGGCGCCAUAUUUCGGGAAUCCAUACAGACGCCGCAUGUGCGCGCCGAGCCGGGACGUGAAUUGAGGUCCGUUACUAUUCCAGUACCUGCAGAAUCUGCAAAUGAGGUCUUUGUCGCUUGUCAGACAGCAGAAGCUUACCAUCUUUAA